AAAAAAAUGAACGAUGAAUCACCUAAUAGAUCAAAAAGCAUUGAUAUCAACCUAACAAAGAUGUUAGAUCGAAUGAAAAACAAUUCAUUUCAUAUGUAGAAAGUAUGUGUUGGUGAUUUAAUCAAUAAAAGUCAAACUCAUGUAAUUGCUAAACCAAUAAGGCAAUCAAUGACUCCUACACCUGAAGAAAAAGAGAAUAAAGAACUUACAUUUAAACCAUAAAUUAAUGUAUUAUUAUAUUCUAAUAAGAAAUAUCCCAAUUAUUUAAAUCAAACUUCCUUUUUAGAGAGAAAUGAAUAAUGGCAAAAAAAUAAAUUACAAAAGCAAUAAGAAACUAGCAAAGCGUAUUUAGAGGAAAAAGAAAAGAUUAUAAAUAAAGAGUGCUCUUUUAAACCCAAAAUCACUCCUCACCAAUCUGCCAGACUACCAAGGCAGUAGAAAUAAUAGCUUCAACCAAGCACAAAUACUAUCAAAUAAUAACCAGUAAUACCCAAUAUCACAAUGCAAGCCUUGUAAUAUGAACUAAGGAAAUAGUUGCAUGGGUUAUAAUUAUGA